AUGUCGCUUGUGUUCAUGUUAGCCACCUUGUCCAACGUGGAUUUCAAGGACAAGGAGCUGCGUGCAACCAGGUGGCGCAUUAUCGGACAACAGUUUGCCAUGACAGAAAAGGACUUGUCAAGAAUACAGGAAGCAGCAGCGCGAGAUGCCCGUGCCUCUGCUAGACAUUGUCAUGAACCAACUUCUCAAGGAACAUGUCGGGAACCUGCCCGAGCUGUGCAUGGGCUACCUUGUGAAGAGAACCCCGAUGAUGACCUAUAUGAUGUACGACAGCAUGGCCAGGAAACUGCAUCACAACCAUGUCCUAGUGGUGCAACUGGUACAGCUGCUUCCUCACUAGACCAGGAGGCUGCAGAAGCCCUUGUUCAGCUUUCACAGUUCAUCCAGAAUGUACCAGACAUGUGUACACAAGACAAGAGCAUCCAGGUCGAUGUGGACUCCUUUAUGGGGAAGAAGUUCAGGCUUGUAGAUUUACUCACAUCAGACAACAUUGUUCUUGCUUUUACUGGUGUAUCAAUGAAUCUGCUGAUAGCAGUUAGUAAUGAAGUAGGCAGAAUUGAAGAGGCAGUCACUGAAAUGUCAACUCUUGAACGCGUUAUUCUUGUUCUUCACACUUCAUAA